GCUGCAGAGAGAGACGGGUGAGAGCGACAGGUAGAGCACCAGGUACAGCUGCAGAGAGAGAUAGGUAGAGCACCAGGUACAGCUGCAGAGAGACGGGUGAGAGCGACAGGUAGAGCACCAGGUACAGCUGCGGAGAGAGACAGGUGAGAGUGACAGGUAGAGCACCAGGUACAGCUGCGGAGAGAGCAACAGCAGCUGCAGGUGUAUUGUGUACUGAUCAGAGGCCUGUGACGUGCAGCAUGUCUGACAGAGGUGACAGAGCAGAUAAAGACGUGAUGAAACACUGUCCUCAGGUGUUUGUGGUGGACACUCAGGCACAGGGUCCUCUCCCCCCACGUCAGGUGCCCGUCAGGCUGGAAGUCCAGCGACUGUCUCUGAUCUACCUGCUGCUAGCUGUGGCUCUGCUGGGCAUCUUCAUCGAGGCAGGGUUUAUCUAUCAUCUCUACAGCAGACCUGUGGUGUCGACAGAUAUUCAGAAAAUUGAAUAUAGAAAAGGAGACAAAAAUUCAGUUCCCAGCAGUUCUCAUGAUUUAAACUAUAUUUUACCUGGAAAAAUGCCUAAUGCUGAGAAGCCUGCAGCAUUUCUGCAAGGCUCUUCCCAUGUGACAGGAGGCAAUGGCGUGCUUCACUGGAGAUUCGACAGCUUUCCUGGGUUUUUGAGGAGCCUGGAUUUUAAAAACAACAGUCUUUAUUUUCAGAAGGAGGGAUACUAUUACAUCUUUUCCAAAAUCUCCCACCUGGAGAACUGCAGUUUCUUCAAACAUCAGCUCAUGCACUGUUCAGAGAGAUACAACUACCUGCCCAUAGAGCUCAUGCAAAACUCCAGGUAUCUCUGCAACUCCCAGAAAACUCAGUUGGGAAACAGUUACUUGGGUGGGGUUUUUCACCUGAAUAAAGGUGACAGUGUGUUUGUUCAGGUGAAUAACAGCUCGCAGGAGCCCAUCAGCAGCAACGGGAACUACUUUGGUGCAUUCAUGAUCUAAUCACUGACAAAACAUUUACAAAAAUACAUGUACCUGCACACACACAAACACGCACACACACACACACACACGCACAAACACACACACACACACACUCACAUACACAAACACACACACACACACACACACACACACACACAAACAAACACACACACACACAAACACGCACACACACACACACACACACACACACACUCACACACACACUCUAACUCUACCCCUAAACCUAACCCUCACAAAAAACUUUCUGCAUUUUUACAUUUUCAAUAAAACAUCGUUUAGUAUGUUUUUUAAGUGAUUUGAAUUAUGGGGACACUAGAAAUGUCCUCAUAAACCACAUUUAUAGCAUAAUACCAUUGUAAUUACCAGUUUAUAACCUAAAAAAAAAGUCCUCAUAAACCACUGAAACCUGCCCACACACACACACACUCACACACACACACACACACACACACUCACACACACACACACACACACUCACACACACACACACACACAGUUUUAUCGCUCUCAGGUUCUCAUUAAGGUUUUAAAUAUAUUUUUGUAAAGAUAUUCUGCAAAUACAUUAAGUUUGUUUAUUGCUAGAAUAGUGUUGUAAACUGCACUGUUCAUACAGGUAUCUGGCUCCGGUGUUUUUCUUUACGGCUGAAUAAAAGUAUUUAUAAUGAUGGCAGAUUUGAACUGAAGGGUUUAUCUGUGUUCUCAGGGAACAGACAUGUCAGGCCAGGGCAAGCUUUUUUACUGGAACAAGAUGUGUUUUAAAUGUUAUAAAUGUAUCCAAUUUCAAUAUUUUCUGGAUAAAACAAGAUUUGAUUUUUUUCUUUUGUACAUUUCCUUUUACAUUUUGCUGAAUGAAUCAUUUGGUGUUUUAUAAUUGUUUUGCUGUUUUAAAGUUUGCCGAAAGCCCAUAAUAAGCUGUUUUAAUGAACUGCAGAUUCCAAUGUGACUGAAAAUGAUCUUUUUGUUAAGACAUUUGCUAAAUGUUAGUGUUGUAAUUGUGCAGAAAUUGUCUUUAUUAUUAUUGUUAUUAUUAACCUACCCUGAGAAAUAUUCACACCAGUACAAACUGUGUCAACUAGCCCCCUAUCUAUACUGGAGCUUCAACACCCUCAGCUAGCUAAUGGUACGAUAUGAUCUUGAUGCUAGGCUAGCUAUGAUCUUUAUCCCACUCAAAUUUACUGUGGGAAUUUAUUUUAUAUUUUGUGAUUCCUUAUCAAAGAUAGGGUCCUGAGCAGUGGGAUGUCCUGAAGCCAAGGAUGGGCCGGGGUGGGCCUAGGCCCACCCAGAGUAUUAGAGAUUAUUCUCUGACUUCAAAUACAUAUUUAUAAAAUAGUUUAAAAAUACAUAAAUUGGGGGCCUGGGUAGCUCAGUGGUAAAGACAGUGGCUACCACACCUGGAGUUCGCUAGUUCGAAACCCAGGGCGUGCUGGGUGACUCCAGCUGGGUCUCCUAAGCAACCAAAUUGGCCCGGUUGCUAGGGAGGGUAGAGUCACAUGGGGUAAACUCCUUGUGAUCACUAUAAUGUGGUUCGCUCUCAGUGGGGUGCAUGGUGAGUUGUGCAUGGAUGCCGCGGAGAAUAGUGUGAAGCCUCCACAUGCGCUACAUCUCCGUGGCAAUGCGCUCAACAAGCCACGUGAUAAGAUGCGCAGAUUGACGGUCUCAGACGCGGAGGCAACUGAGAUUCAUCCACCACCCGGACUGAGGCGAGUCACUACACCACCAUGAGGACUUAGAGCGCAUUGGGAAUUGGGCAUUCCAAAUUGGGAGAAAAAAAUGCAUAAAUUCUGAUUUCUGAAAGUGUUUGAAUGUGCCACUUCUCUGUUGCUUAGGACAAUUUGGUAAGAAAAACAUUUGGGCGAAAACUUGGCCCAUCCAUUUUUAAUGAGGCCCACCCAAAAGUGAUUUCCUGGCUACGCCCUUGUUCCCGACAUUUAUGAAUUAUUUAUGAAUGUAAACAUAGCGUACUGUAUGUGUCCGCAUUGACUGAAAUGUGCUUUCAGUGAUGUGCAAAUAAUAAAA